GUUCAGGACGCCACCGGAACAUGUGAGGGCGGAGAGUGGUCCAAAUUCUACACACCACUGUAGCGAUCGAUACAUGAGCGGCUGGGCCCCUCGCUAACAUAUCCCAUGAACAUAAAAGGACGAUUACUGCCACUAAACUCUUCACUCUCGUAUCUCGACCUGCAGUGUUCACAGUAAAUGUUUCAAUAGAAUUCAAGUCGAGGCAGUACAAUUAUGUUCCGAUCUCUAUCCAAUUAUCCACUCACAUUUGACCCGGCAGCUGGACUGAUCUUCUCAACUUCAGAAACUAAAUUUCGGUGGUGCUUCGUUCCCAGUAAUUUAAUAUCGUUACCAUCUAGCGGACGUUCGGGUUCGGAGUUCUAAUAUUGUUGGUUUAUAGUCUAGUGAGUAGCAUUCCCAAACAGCUUGUUGCAGUUUUCACUAUACGCAGCCUGAUGUAGAGGAUUCCAAAGUUUGCAAAGAAACUCGCUCGCAACUCCGGUGUUGAAUCAGAAUUAUUAGGACAUGCUUGAAGUAGGAUUAGCUCCCAAAUUCCACAGAUUCAACUAGAACUACGUGAGGGACAUGGAUAUGAUCAAAUUAGCCGGUGUGCCAAGACUAGUGGCGAUUCUCGUUGUGAUGUUCAGCUCCUACCUGCAGCUGUCGAAAGCGCAGGGCACAUGGCAAAUUCUAGUAGGAAACGCUGGAAUUGCAUCCAUGCACACGGCAAUCACUCACUAUGACACCGCCAUCCUGCUUGAUCGGACCAACAUCGGCGCCUCUCAAAUUCCCCUGCCCAACGGCCAAUGCCGCGACAAUAGCCAAGAACUGGUGCUCAAGCACGACUGCACAGCCCACUCAGUCAUGCUCGACACCAAAACCAACAGCGUGCGCGCGCUGUGGGUGCAGACUGAUACGUGGUGCUCCUCGGGGCAAUUCAUCAGCGACGGCACCAUGGUGCAAACCGGCGGCGACUACGAGGGCCUGUAUAAGAUUCGAAGGCUGACACCCUGCGCCGCGAAUGAGAACUGCAACUGGGUUGAGUCAACCACAGAGGCGCUGACAGACCCCCGCUGGUACGCAUCUAAUCAGCUGCUCCCCGACGGAUCUCGCCAGAUAGUCGUCGGCGGGCGCAACGCAUUCUCCUACGAGUUCGUGCCUAAGAGGCGCACUGGCGAGGGCGCCUUCGCGCUCCAGCUACUCCGGGACACCAACACCAACCAAGGCGACAACAUGUACCCUUACGUGCACCUCAUCCCUAACGGCAACCUCUUCAUUAUGGCCAACCGCGACUCCAUCGAGCUGGACUACACCACAAACACGGUGGUGAAGAAGUUUCCUACCAUCCCCGGGGAGCCCCGCAACUACCCUUCCGCUGGGUCCUCUGUACUGCUCCCCCUUGACCAAGCCAACCAGUUCACGCUUACGGAAAUUCUCGUAUGCGGAGGCGCUAGAGCUAACGCUUUCACAAACUCUGGUGCUCAAUACCCUGCUUCUCAAUCGUGCGGACGCAUAGACGUGAAUGCUGCCAGCCCUACUUGGAGCAUGGAGACGAUGCCGAUGCCACGCACCAUGGGAGAUAUGGUCAUCCUACCCACUGGGGAUGUGUUGAUCAUUAACGGAGCGGAGAAAGGCUCUCAAGGAUGGGGCAAAGCUAGCGCUGCUAUACUCACACCGGUCUUGUAUGCCACCAAGAAUGCCAGAGCCAGAUUCACAACAUUGGCGGCAGGGACAAUCCCCAGAGUAUACCACUCUACAGCAAAUCUGCUCUCAGAUGGCAAGGUUUUGGUGGCGGGGAGCAACACGCACCAGUACUAUACUCUCACGGGUCAAUUCCCCACCGAACUGCGCGUGGAGUCCUAUUCGCCGGCGUACCUUGCAGCCAGGAGCAACAAUAUUCGGCCGACUAUUACAACCGCACCAGGGACGAUCCGAUAUGGACAGACGUUUCCUAUGACUUUCACGGUUGGUGCGCUGCAGGGCGCACUUGAGGUGAAGAUGGUGAACGCGCCGUUCGUGACGCACUCGUACGCCAUGGGGCAGCGAAUGCUCAACCUCAAGCUAACGGCCCCCGUUUCGGCCCCCACCGUCGGCGCCUAUUCAGUGGUCGUCACGGCGCCACCAAGUAACGUAGUCGCUCCUUCCAGCUACUACAUGCUCUUUCUCGUGCAGGAUGGCAUCCCCGGCAAGGCUAUUUGGUCCCUAAUCAGAUAACACCACCUGGAGUUGUGCCUGAAAUCCAAAUCCAACCACCUCGUUUCGGAUCUGGCUGAGGGAAACCAUGCCCAGCACCCGAAUUCUCGUCACGAUAUAGACAAAUCGCAUAUUAACUAACAGAUCAGAUUGCAUUCAGGCGCAGGCAAAGCGUUGUCGCACCACAGUCUAGCACUCCCGCAGCUGUUUCAGUAACGCGACCGUUGUGCAGUUGGGUCGGCAGCUCUGAUCCAUCGCCUCAGAGGGUUUUUAAUUAGACUGCAUCCACGUCGGCGACGUCCAUCGAUCGAUCAAUCGAUUGGCUGACUCUUGCAAGAUGUGAGCUCAGGUGCCGCUCAUGUUUGUUUGACGCUUUGACGUGAGUAAGUUUGGCGCCGAGGCCAGUUUAACUUAAUUAAUUGAAGUCAACUAUUAGUGAGCAGUGGCAUCACUAAUCGUUAGUAUCUUUUUUAGUCACUGUAGGCUUCUUAAUAAUACUCGCACCUGUUGAUUACGUACAUUUUUAUCUUUUCGUUUCUUUUCUUUUUUUUUACAGUUUUAAGUUUCAUCGAGUAAAAGUUGGUUAUUUGGAUAUUACAAUUAUUUGUUGUAUUUUUUCAUGUAAUUUCGAACAUAUGUGUAAAAUUUGCAGAAUCCUAUAUAUAUAUAUAUAU